AUGCCAAAAUAAAACUUAAGCAACUACAUUAAGUUUUUUAACUAAAUAAAUGAUCUAGAGUAAAAAGGGCUUAUUACAUCUAAAUAAAAGCAUUUAUUAAAGGUGAAUCUGACUACUAAAGAGUAUCAAUUGAAUAAUCUUAUAUGCACAAUCUAUGAUGAAUAAGAUUACUAGAGUGCCAUUCUUUAAUAUUUACAAACAAUAGAACCGUAACCCAAGAUUAGAUAUCAAUCUUCUGGAGAAAAUGACAGUCCCAUUAGAUAAAGAAGAAGAGGAAACUCACUUUCAAGGGUAUCUUAAUUUAAUGAGACAAAAUUAAUAGCAUAGAUUGAUGAACUUAAUGAUCAACUAAUGACAUUAUGGUAAUCUGAUUCAUAAUUUGUAAUAAUACUAAAUUAUUUAUUAAGUAUUUAAACCAUGAAAUCAAUGAUAAGCUUAGGAAAGUAGGAGAAUUUAUUACUAAAACAGCAACUUCAACACCUAGUAAUUCAUAGAAAUAAGUAACUAACAUAUCUGAUUCUAAUUAAGUUAUUGAGAAUCUUUAAUAACUAUAUAGGGAUAUGAAAGUAAUAUUAUUUAUUUUUUAUUCCAGUAACAUUUUAAUGACUAUUUGAGAUGCCAUAUACUUUUAAUGGAUGAUAAAUUAUCAACUGAACAUUUAAAUAAUGUUUUAAGGGCAUUUAUGAAAAAUUUGGUUGAUGCUGAUGAAAUAUCAUUUAUAUAUAACAAUGAAAUUUACACUUCUGAAAAUGGUUAAUUUAAUGAAAUAAAUUUAACUGAUUAAUAGUAAUUAGAAAUUUAAUCGAUUCUAGAAGGUAAUGUUAUUGAGAUAUCAUAAAAUUAUCCAGAAAUAAGUUCAUUAUUUUAAACUACUAAAUUCAAAGGAAAUUAUUUACUCAAAAUAUAAAAUUCAACUUGUUUAUUUUGUUUUCAUUCUAAAGGAGAACAUAAAAUGAUUAUUGAAUCUUUCCUUUCACUUUGCAAUGAAUAUUAAUUUUUUGAUGAAGUUAAUUAAUUAGCAUAAUUUUUACUUGAAACUCUAAAAUAAGCUAGAGUAUAAUGUUUUAAUCCAUUAUAAUUAUCUCAUAUGAUUCAAGAUAUAGGUAUAGCAUUUAUAAGAUGUUCUAAAUAUUUCUUUAUUCAUAAAUCAAUUUCCAUUUUGAGUGAAAGAUAUAAAGUAUGUAAGGAUAAUACAUCUUUUAUAAGUAUGCAUCCAUUUGUUGAAUUUGAUUUUAGAGAUUCCUUAAACUUGAGUAUUCAUAUAUGUUUUGAUUUAAAUAAAAAGGAAGAUAUGAAUGUUUAUAAAUAACUUAAUUUGAGUUUCAAUAAAUAUUUAAAGUUUAUUAAGUAAUGUUAUGAUAGAACAACAUUUUAUAAAUUUUUUGUAAAAUCACAAGAUUCAUUGAUAUUUGAAUUUGAUAAAUAAGGAUAAAUUACAUUUGUUUCAUAACCAAUAACAAGUAAAUUGGCAGAAGAAUUUAAUAUUAAUUUUAAUCCUUAAUUUUAUAAUGCAUCCUAUACAAGUAUAUUUAAGAAUAAGAAUUUGAUUUAGCAUAUUGAAAAUCAAUUGUAAGAUCAAAAUAAAUGGAAAUUAACAGAUAGUAAUUCAACAUAUGAAGUAUUUAUGAAAAUGGAAGAAAAAUAUUUUAAAGGAUUUUUUGUAAUAUUUUAAUAAGGAUGGUUUAGAUAUAAUUAAAAAUCACUUGAUGCAAAUUAAUGGUAAAAAUUAAGAAAGAGUUUUCUUUAAUAAGAAACUAAUUAAUAUUUAGAUAAAUUAGAAUAAAAACAUCCAUAAUUGAAAAAUUCAGUAGUGUAAAUGUUUAAACCUAAGGCAACUUAAAAAUAAUCUUAAUUCAAAAAUUUCAGUCCAAGUUUUAGCCCUAGACAUUUAGAUUAAAGAAAUUCACUUUAAGAAAGUGAAAGUAUACGUUUAAUUCCAAAAACUAAAGGGAUAAAUCAUUUUUAUCCAGAUAUGAUCACAGAAACAUGUAUUGAAAAUAUUGAUAAUUUUGAUUUUAAUAUACUACCUUAUAGUGCUGAUUGGUUAGAGAAAUAGAAAGUAGUAUUUUCAAUAUUAAGAAGAAAUAAUUUUAUUGAAGAUUAUAAGAUAAGUGAAGAUGCAUUAUGUAGUUUUUUAUGUGCACUUGAAUAUAAAUAUAAUAAGAGAGGCAAUCAAUUUCAUAAUUAUGAUCAUGGAGUAACAGUUAUGUAAUGUACACAUGCUAUAAGUUUGGAAAUAAUGAAAACUUAAUAUGCACAUUUAUUAAGUUAAUUCACAAAAUUUGCAUUGAUUCUAUCUGGAUUGUGUCAUGAUGUAUCUCAUACAGGAAGAACUAAUAUAUUUGAGAUUAAUAGUUUAUCUAAUUUAGCUAUUAGAUAUCAUGAUAGAAGUGUUUUAGAAUAACAUCAUGCAGCAACUUCAAUGAAAUUGUUAUGUGCUCCUGCAACAAAUAUUAUUCCUAAUUUUACAUCAUCUGAAUUCAGAGAGUUUCGUAAACUCUUUAUUUCCAACAUUCUAUAUACAGAUAUAACAGAGCAUUUUAAUUUAAUGAAAAAUUUUGAAGCUAGAAUCAAAGAACUAAAUUUUGGAACUGAAGAUGAUAUUAAAUUAAUGACAGGUAUGAUUAUUCAUACUUCUGAUUUUACUGGUGGAGCUAAACCAUUUAAAUUAAGUCGAGAAUGGAGUACAAGAGUAAAUAUGGAAUUCUAGGAACAAUAUAGUUUAGAAGGCAAAUUUGGUUAUCCUCAAUUACCAUAUAUGAAAGAUUUAGAUUAAGUAUGAUAAUCAUAAUCUUAGUUACCUAUUAUGGCCAAAUCAGAAGUUGGAUUUUUCAAAUUCAUUGUAAGACCACUUUGGUCCAUCAUGUCAAAGUUUACUGAAGACAGGUUACAAUAAAGUGUUGAUAAUCUUGAACAAACUAUUGUGGAAUGGGAAAAGUUAAUGAUAAAUUGA